UUGUCAUUCUUGCAAACUUCUUUGUAUAUUAGAACAAGCAAUAGAAGACAUUGACACCAUCAAGGAAGAGUUGUGGAAAGUCAAGAUGGAAUACAAGUAUUCCAUAGCCUUGAAAAGAAGGAAAACAACAACACUUGGUGCUUUUACCAAUGGUGAUGAAGUUAUCAUGAUGGAGGAUUCCUCCGAAAGUGCUUCAAACUCCGAGGACAUAAUGGUGGGGAAAAACAAUGAGUUCCAAAUGGUGAAGAAGAUGCUAAUUGAACAUCCGUCAAGACAACGAGAAAUUGUCUCGAUUAAAGGUAUGGGAGGUAUUGGCAAGACAACGUUAGCUAAACGGUUAUAUGAUGAUCCAUCGAUUGCCUCCCACUUUAACAAGCGAGCUUGGGUUGUUGCAUCGCAACAUCAUAACAAGACACAUAUGCUCACAGAUAUUCUUGAAUCAAUAGGCUAUGUAGAUUGUGACACUACAAAGGACAUAGAGGAAAAAGUAUAUCAAUGUUUGAUGCAUCAAAGGUACUUUAUUGUGAUAGAUGACAUAUGGAGUGACAAGGCAUGGGAUGCUAUCAAAAUUUGCUUUCUAGAUAAUGAAAAUCGUAGUCGAAUAUUGUUGACAACUCGCUUUGCAGAUGUGGCUAUUUGUAUUGGUUCUAGAAAACACUUUUCUCAUCAAAUGCAUUUGUUAGAUCAAUGUGAGAGUUGGAGUUUAUUUCAUGAAAAGGCAUGCAAAUCUCGAAGUGUUAAAUUUGAGAAAAUUGGAAGACCAAUUGUUGAGAAAUGCAAAGGUCUUCCUUUGGCAAUUGUUGUGGUUGUGGGUCUAUUUUCCAAACUCAAUGAAAUAUAUGAGUAGAAAAAUAUAGAUAAAACUCUAAAUUCAUUUGCAACAACAACUAUUGAUGAAGAAUGCUCAAGGAUGCUCUCAUCAAGCUACAAUCAUUUGCCUUACAACUUGAAGGCUGGUUUUUUAUAUUUGAGCAUUUUUCCAGAAGAUAAUGAGAUAUAUGU